GCUGAGUUUCCGCGACUCCGAUGCGCCUGGCGCUGGUGUCCGAGUCCUGCAGCCGUGGGCGCCGCUGACGGAGCCAGGCCGGGCCAGGUACUAAUUUCAAGAUGCCAGGGCGUUCCAGUUCAAAUUCAGGUUCAACUGGCUUUAUUUCAUUCAGCGGUAUUGAGUCUGCUCUUUCCUCCUUAAAAAACUUCCAAUCCUGCAUCAACUCUGGAAUGGACACAGCUUCUAGUGUUGCUUUAGAUCUUGUGGAGACUCAGACUGAAGUGAGUGGUGAAUACAGUAUGGACAAGGCAAUGCUUGAAUUCGCUAUGAUGGACCGAGAACUGAACCAUUAUAUAAAGGCUGUUCAGUCUGCGAUCAGUCAUGUAAAAGAAGAGCGCCCAGAAAAAAUACCAGAUCUAAAAUUAUUAGUGGAGAAGAAGUUUAUGGCCUUACAGAAUAAGAAUUCUGAUGCAGACUUUCAAAAUAAUGAAAAAUUUGUUCAAUUUAAGCAACAACUGAAAGACCUAAAGAAGCAAUAUGGUCUUCAAGCAGAUAGAGAUGCUGACGGAGCAGAGGGGGUUGAUGAAGACAUGAUCGUAACUCAAAGUCAGACGAACUUCAUCUGCCCCAUCACACAGUUAGAGAUGAAGAAGCCGGUGAAGAACAAAGUCUGUGGCCACACCUAUGAAGAGGAAGCCGUUGUUCGCAUCAUCGAGUCCAAGCACAAGAGGAAGAAGAAGGCCUGUUGCCCUAAAGUCGGCUGUAGCCACACAGACGUGAAGAUGUCAGACCUCAUCCCCGACGAAGCUCUCAGAAGAGCCAUCGAGAACCACAACAAGAAGAGGCAGCGCCGCUGAGCGGGGAGCCCCGCCCCAGGGAGCCCCGUCCUGGGGAGCUCUGCCCUCUAGAGCCCCGCCCCCACAGCCCCGCCUCCAGGAGCCCCGCCCUCUACAGCCCCGCCCCCAGGAGCCCCGCCCUCUACAGCCCCCGCCCCGGGGAGCCCCGUCAUGGGGAGCUCUGCCCUCUAGAGCCACGCCCCCACAGCCCCGCCUCCAGGAGCCCCGCCCUCUACAGCCCCGCCCCUAGGAGCCCCGCCCCCAGGAGCCCCGCCCUCUACAGCCCCCGCCCCCGGGAGCCCCGUCCUGGGGAGCUCUGCCCUCUAGAGCCCCGCCCCCACAGCCCCGCCUCCAGGAGCCCCGCCCUCUACAGCCCCGCCCCUAGGAGCCCCGCCCCCAGGAGCCCCGCCCUCUACAGCCCCCGCCCCCGGGAGCCCCGUCCUGGGGAGCUCUGCCCUCUAGAGCCCCGCCCCCACAGCCCCGCCUCCAGGAGCCCCGCCCUCUACAGCCCCCGCCCCGGGGAGCCCCGUCAUGGGGAGCUCUGCCCUCUAGAGCCACGCCCCCACAGCCCCGCCUCCAGGAGCCCCGCCCCCAGGAGUCCCGCCCUCUACAGCCACGCCCCUAGGAGCCCCGCCCUCUACAGCCACGCCCCCAGGAGCCCCGCCCUCUACAGCCCCGCCCCCAGGAGCCACGCCCUCUACAGCCCCCGCCCCCGGGAGCCCCGUCAUGGGGAGCUCUGCCCUCUAGAGCACCACCCCCACAGCCCCGCCUCCAGGAGCCCCGCCCUCUACGGCCCCGCCCCCAGGAGUCCCGCCCUCUAUAGCCCCGCCCCCAGGAGCCCCGCCCUCUACAGCCCCUCCUCCAGGAGCCCCACCCUCUACAGCCCUGCCCCAGGAGCCCCGCCCUCUACAGCCCCUCCUCCAGGAGCCCCGCCCUUUACAGCCCUGCCCCAGGAGCCCCGCCCUCUACAGCCCCCGCCCCCGGGAGCCCUGUCAUGGGGAGCUCUGCCCUCUAGAGCCCCGCCUCCAGGAGCCCCGCCCUCUAAAGCCCCGCCUCCAGGAGCCCCACCCUCUAAAGCCCCGCCUCCAGGAGCCCCGCCCUCUACAGCCCCCGCCCCCAGGAGCCCCGCCCUCUAUAGUCCCGCCCUCUACAGCCCCGCCUCCAGGAGCCCCGCCCUCUACAGCCCCGCCCUCUACAGCCCCGCCACCUCCCACCCACCUGGCCACCUGUGGCAUACAGGGUUUGUCAGUGUGGUGGAGCCUUUUUCUGCGUUGCCACACAGUUUGAAGCAGGUUAUAUUGUUUAUUUUUAAACCUUCUCUGAUUUUGAAUAAACUUUUGGUUAUCGGCAGUGUGUCCUGUCUGCACCUCC